AUGGCGCCUUCGUUGAGUCUCGCUUCACAAUUUGUGUACAUUCUCUCGCUUCUACCUCUUGUAACUGCUGCUCCUAUCGAGGAAGUUUUAGCUCCUCGUAACGAACAACAGUCCUUUAGUGUAUCCCAGGUGCCGAAUCCUAGGUGGAAAGGAAUAGAUGGAGCUGGACCAGCAGCUCUACUUCGUACUUUCUACAAGUACCAUGCUCAACCACCAGCGGCAGCAAGGAAAGCUGUUGAGAAUGGCACUGGUACUGUGACUGCAAGUCCUUAUCCUGCAGAAUAUGAUAGAGAGUAUCUAUCACCUGUGUCAUUGGGAACACCCGCACAGAUUCUUGAUCUUGAUUUUGAUACGGGUUCUUCAGACCUAUGGGUCUUCUCCUCUGCCCUUCCAAAGUCUCAAACAGGCGGACAAACACUAUACAGCCCUGGCAACUCAUCGACAUCCUCAGUCCUAGAAAACCACACCUGGUCCAUCCGCUAUGGUGACGGCUCUGGUUCUUCAGGAACCGUAGUCAACGAACUCGUCACAAUCGGCGGCAUAUCCGCACGCAGACAAGCCCUCGAAAUCGCAACCCAAGUCUCCGGUUCUUUCACCCAGGAUGCUGCCUCAGACGGCCUCCUCGGUCUCGCUUUCAACAGCAUCAACACCGUCCGUCCAACUCCACAAAAGACGUGGUUCGACAACGUGCAAUCCUCUCUCGCAGCACCGCUUUUCACUGUCAAUCUGAAGAAAGCCGCUGUCGGGCUUUAUACCUUUGGUGCUAUUGAUAGUAAAGCUCAUACCGGAUCUAUCGCCUACGCACCCGUGAACACCAAGAAUGGAUUUUGGCAAUUCCCGUUGACUGGGUAUGCGGUUGGGACGGGCAAGUUUAGUAAUUCGUCGAUUGAUGUUAUUGCUGAUACAGGAACUACGUUAUUGAUGUUGCCAACGAAUGUUGUUGAUGCUUAUUAUAAGGGCGUGAAAGGGGCUUAUUAUGAUACUGAGUAUGGUGCUAUGGUGUUUCCUUGUACGGCUAAGAUGCCAGAUUUUAUAUUCGGUUUAGGGAGCUAUAGAGGAAGUGUUCCCGGUUCUUUCAUCAGUUAUGGACAGAUCAAUACCUCGACUUGCUACGGAGGACUGCAAAGUAGCGAGGGGUUGCCGUUUGGAAUCUUGGGAGAUAUAUUGUUGAAGGCCCAGGAAGGAAAUGAUGGCACUUGGUCGACUUUCGAGAUUGGCUUGGGGAAACCAGCGCAACUGGUUCGCGUUCUCCCUGCGACGGCGAGCUUUGGGACUGCAGUUGCAUAUAAAGCGGUAGAAGAGGUUAGCGAUGACGACGACAGCGAUACAUCUGAUGAUAGUGGAACAAAUGAGUGGUUAUUCGAUACCCGAAAGUCGUUGAGCUGGAUAGCGCAGAGUCGGCUUCGAACAAACAACCCAAAGGGAGAGAAUGUUAGGCAAUACGGACUUGAUACAAUACAAUUUAAUGAUGGUACAGAGCAAGCUCUACCGCAUCAACCCAUUACUGCAAUAUCUGAUGGCAACGAAACGAUUGGGCAGCUUGGUCUUGGAUCUCCUCCGACGAAAUUCAAUAUAUUCGAACCUUCAACAGCGAGCUUGUCGGAUGCAUUGUGGUUUCAUGGCAUUACUCCAAGUUCAGUAUGGAGCUAUACAGCAGGCGCAUAUUACCGCGGUGAGACUGCCUUUGGAAGUCUAGUUUUUGGGGGUUACGAUCUUUCGAGAUAUAAGGGGAAUAGUGUCGGAUUUACUAUGAGCAACGAACCCGAUCGCGAGCUUGGAUUGGAGAUAAGAUCUGUCAGCGUGGCCACUGUUCUAGGAGAGACAGAGAUACUGAAUACGCCAAUUUCGGCAUCGAUUGAUUCAAGCAUCGCAGAACUUCGACUACCAAAGUCAGUCUGCGAUCGAUUCAAAGAAGCAUUCCAUCUUUCAUUCGACAGCAAACGUAAGCUAUAUCUUAUAGACAGACACAUUCACGACCGACUGCAAAAUUCCAAUCCGGAAAUCACAUUCGCACUGGCAGCUUCGUCUGUCGGAGCAAGUAUAAACAUUACGUUCCCAUACCUGGCGUUCGCACAAAACCUUCCAUCCUCUUCGAAUGACAGCGAGGUUUACUUCCCUAUCCGCCCAAUUUCCGACCCGAAAAGCUAUAAAUUAGGCCGAACUUUCCUCCAAGAAGCAUAUCUAACAGUUAACCCCUCGGCUCGUGUAUUUCUAAUAUCACAAGCACGUUUUCCAUUCGCGCCACCACGAAUAACCGCUCUGCCGUCAUUUGCCUCGAAGUCUAAACCUGCAAUGAAGAUUUUAACACGAGCAAUACGCUCACGACGCCGCAGCAGUCGACCUUCUGGAGGAGCGAUAGCAGGGAUAGUCAUCGCCGUCGUUGCUGUUAUCAUCGCUUUGACGUUCGUGAUUUGGAUCAUUCUACGAAAAAGGAGAAGCACUGCGAAAGAUAUUAGUACGGGAGUCACGACUGACGACGGAGAGCGCGGCACAGGUGUAGAAAUGGGGAGCCCCGAGAAAGGCUUCAGCCACGGAAGAGUGAAGGCGAGCGACAGCUUAGUAGCCGUGAAUCCUCCCAGGCUUCCGGAAACAGUUCAACUGCCACCGAUGACACAGGAAAUGAUAGCAGAACCUUCUGCGGUAGACAAACCGCAUGAAACAGAGCCGGACAAACCAAAAAUAAAUACACAUACACAAAAAGUAAAAGCAGGACAUGAAAAGGAGUUGAACUCAGCUAGUCCUACAGAUAGCGUAGGGACGAGGUUGGAAAGGAGGAAGAGUCGGUUUAGUGAGGAGUUGUUUGAUUGA